GGUCGAUGGCAUAUAUAGAACAUUACAAUAUCUAUGUAUAGAACUACAGUGAAUAAUAAUAAGCAAAAUUAAUUGAACUAUUAUAAGUAAUUGUUAUUGCAAAGGCAAAAUACGUUAAUGGUUAUACUAAUUUAUAAAAGAGAAAAUUUUAGAUGUCAUUACCACUGCUUAGAGCAUUUUGCACAGCUUCGAGAAAGGCUAUACUUCCCCAAUUAAGAAAACAACAAUGCAAUAUUUGUAUUAACGUUUCUACAAACCUUUUAAAUAGUUGUGUUUUAAAAAAUGUUUCAAGUGUGAGAUACAAAAGUAAAUCCAAAAAAGUGAAACAAGAAGCUUCUACUGAUGAUUAUGAAUUGGAAGAUGACAUUGAUGAUUUUGAUAAAGAACUUGUUGAUAAAACCACAAAGCUUUUACAAGUAAAAGUAAACUCGUUAAGAGCUGAUGUUAUACUUAAAGCAGGUUUAGGAAUGGCCCGAAGUAAAAUAGAGGAAUUGUUUUAUCAGAGCAGAAUAAGAGUAAAUGGAAAAAAAGUUUUUAAAAAAAGUGAAGUUGUUAAUGAAGGGGAUGAAUUAGAUAUUAUUAAAGGAACAGAUAUUAAUAAUCCAAAAUUCUUAACUGUUGGCAGAGUAGAAAUAUUAUCUGUCACACCAAAAGGAGAAGGUUUUUAUGUAAAACUAAGGAGGUGUAAAACUUUAACCAUUGAAAAUUAUGAAGAUCCAUGGAAAUCAGACUAGAUUAAAUUGUAUUAAAUAAAUAAUAUAGUUAGGUUAAGUAAAUAUUGAAUAAAAUCGUACCUGAUA